AUGUCGGGGAACCCCGGCGUCGCGCUGAGUAACUGCCGUCGAGCGUUCCUUCCCGCGUCGGCCAACCUACCGUCGGCCAGGCCGUCAGGCGUUGACCACCGUCAGGGUCGGCAUCUCAAAAGCACGGAUCGCUUGAGGAGCCAGAUUGCGGACGAUUAUUGUGGCGGCCAAAUUAAGAAGCGCUGCAAAUCGGAAUCACCGAUUUUCAUUCAUCGCCUCCAAAUUUGGAGGGCUCCAUGCUCCUGCCCGCUCGAGAUCGACUCGCCCGGAUUCGCAGUCAACGAAAUUCCGAGAAUGUUCCGCCAAAUUCGCGUAAAUCCCAUUUGUCGGAGAGGAUCUCUUUCCACGAUGCCCCGACGGAGAGAAAGAAAGCAACGAUUGUGGCAUAAUUCACGGCUGACACGGCCGGCGUCUUGGGCCGCUAAUCGUCGGGUCAAGAGACUUCUCUUGACCGCAGCUCCUGUCCAUAGCCGGACCUCGAGACCGAGCGGUACCAAAUGCUGCACCUCUUAUUCCGUAGGCACUGAGGACACUGUACAUCUGUGUUGGAUCUUCGCUGUACUGAUCUCUCAGGUGGUCGUGAUUUCUCGCUCGAGUGCUGGUAUUAUUGCUUCAGUGCGACACGACCAUGUGAUCUGAUUCGCCAUCGCAGUAAGAUCAGCUUCACGCUUCGAACUUUGCACGAGAUUUUGAAUCUCACUUGUCUUACACGUCAUAUGAAAUUAUUUUCUGCUGUCUCUAGUAUUGUACAUACUUCAGUCAUGCAUUUAAAUGGCAUGCCAAAGACAAGCUCUAGGGUCGCAUAACUCGAUAUUAUAAUAAUUUGCAAGGAUUUUUCUGCAGCAAAAUCAGCUUAAUAUGUAUGUUAAAGACAUGCCAGUUAACAUGACAAAUAUAUGAUUGACCUAAUUCUGAAU